AUCACUUUUUCGAAUGAUUAGCCGCAACCGAUUAUUAUUCGUCAGCUGUGACCUAUGUUUGUGUGUCGGACGGGUAUUGUAAUACAGUUUACGGUUUAAAACGUCUUUGGAAGCGGCCAAAUAACCGCUUCUAUGGCCGAAGAAUUAAAUUGUCGUACGGAAACUUUAAUUGAAGCAGUAAAGAAAAGGCCAAUAUUGUAUAACAAACAUCAUCCAGAUUAUAGCAACAAGGAUGAUAAAGAGCAGGCUUGGCUAGACGUGUGUGCAGAAAUAUUACCACAAUGGUACGAUUAUGGGGAAUCUGAUAGAAAUUCGAAACUUUUUCACGUUCAAAGAAGAUGGAGGAAUCUAAGAGACAGUUUUAGAAAAGAUAUAAAUUUAAGAAGAGAAGUGAAAAAUCCUAAAAAAAAGCGAGAAUAUAUUUAUUAUAGGUCAUUACUAUUUUUAGAGCCUUUUCUUUUAAAAGAUGAUGAAAAUAAAUGUGAUCCGCCAAAACUCGACGAACCUGAAGAAGAAGAAGAAGAAACGUCGAAUACUGCAGUAAUUAAAUUCGAAAGUGAAGAAUCUCAAUAUACUGACACCUCUGUUGGUUCUCGAAAACGAAGAAAAACUAAGCAUAUAUCCUAUGAGACUGUCCCAUCGCAAUCCCCUGUAUUAGAAGUUUGGGAGGGGUCCCAAAAUGGUGAAAUUACUGAAGAUUCAUCUUUUUAUCUAAAUCCAGAUAUAGAUGAGGACAGAUAUUUUCUGUUAUCAUUGUUGCCCUCAUUUAGGAACCUUCCUCCACAGCAAAAACUUUCUGUUAAAGUCGAGUUUUUACAAGUACUGCAAAAGUUCUGUUUCCCCAAUAGUGAAGAUCCAUUAAAUCACUCCACAAAUUGAUAUUUAUGUCUAAAAAAAUUUUUAUAAUGGUUAUUAAAUUUGGAUAUUUUUACUAUUCUUAUGCUUUAUUUCUCCUUUCUGUAUUGUUAUACAUGAAUAAACAGAUUUGUAGCGGAUGGAUACUAAGAGUGAAAAAAAUGUUGAAGGAAUUGCCUAUUUCAAAGGCUUUUCUUUACAUAUACAGCAGAGACUCAAAUAAUCGGACCACCGAACACUCUAAAUUUCAAUAACAAAAAUUUAGUUCUGCCACUUACCAAUCGUAACGCCAGUGUAAUAAAAAUGUCAUGACUGUCAAUGUCAAUUGUCAAGAUAAAUAAUCAUUUCCUUAAUUAUCCCAAAAGUUUUUCUGAUGUGUGCUCUAAAUAGUGUCUUCACUAUCUAUUUCCAUUUAUGAAGAUCACAGUUACGUUGUUCAUGACUUUAUAGUAAAUAUACUUAUAUAGUAUACUUAUACUUUAUAGUAUAUGAUGUAAAUACAGGUAUAAUAGACACAAAACAAACAAAAUUUAUAUUGUAAUCACGUCUAUUAAUUUUUCUUGGUUUUGUUGAAAAUCUAUGUAAAAAUUAUUUUGUAAAUAAACGUGUUUUAAGA